GAAGAGAGAUUGGGACAGGAAGAAACUCAUUCUGCAUCGAAAACCAUGAGAGAAGUGCAACGGAAGAUGAGGCUCCAAAGAAAUUGGACCUUUUUGAACAUAAGGCAUAUCUAUCUGCUUCCCUUCAACUUUAUAUCACAAACUACUAGGCUUUGUUUGCAAAAUACAGUUUUUUUGAGAUGGCAGAGGGUAACCCCUUUCCUAUCCAAGCUCCAACAGCUGUGGAGAAGAACUGAGGGAGACCAUCAAAGAGAGCCAAAUAGUAGUAAAGAUGGUGCUGCCAGUUUCUGUGGAUGCAUCGUACAUGGCUGCCGGAUCCAUGGUCAUGGCCAUUACACCUACUUGCCUCUUGGUUGCAGACACUUAGUAUUCCGAAAGAAGUACAAACUUCUAUAAAAGACUUCAAGGAGAUGAAGUAGUUCAGUAACUAGAUGGAUGAAGUGCUCCGCUCCUUCAAAGAUUCCAGAGCUCUGCUGAGGUCAGUAGUAAACUAUUCUCCAGUACCAUACUAAAAGCUGUUCCAAUACCAGCUCCAACACGACAAAGAAUGCUAUCGUUCCCCCAUAACUGCCAAGCAGAAUAACCAUCCAGGAAACAGCUUCUUAUUCCAGAAGAGACCCGUCAUCCUCCAUCAUGCACCCAAAUCCCUCUCAGGGGCAGCAGGUUUGAUGGGAGUGUCGGGAGCCUCAUCAAGAGCAAUCCAGAGUUGAUCUUCAGAAAAUGCUUUACGGCCUUCCUAGGGGUGUGGCCAGAGAUGACUGCUGACAAACGGGUGUUCAACAUCAUUGCCCACUGCUACCCCAUCAACUUUCAUUUUUUGCCUCUUGCCUACUUCCUUUUACUGUCCCUCUUCAGGGACCCUUCCUGCGAGUACCUGUUAUAGAAAGAAGUCUCUCAGAAGCCACAGAGAAGGUGCUGCAAGAGUACGGGGGUAGAUGCAUCUGCUUGUAAUACUUCCUUAUUAUGAAGAAAAAAUGGGGUCUUUGUCCUAUCCUACACCUGAGGAGACCAAACAAAUAUGUACACUGCCUCAGAUUUAGGAUUGUAAUGCUUGCCUCCAUUAUUUCAUCUCUUCAGGCUCAAGAUCGGUUCUUUGCUCUCAACUCACAAGACAGACCUCCACAUAGCCACCAUCCACCUGGCCCACAGGAAGUACCUGAGAUUUACAGUGGGGCCUACUCACCAGCAGUAUAAGGUAUUGUUAUUCCGGCUCUUCACGUCACCAAGAGACUUCAGAAAAUGCCUAACUGUGGUGAUGGCAGCAGUGCACCUGAGAAAGAGGAUCAUCCACAUCUAUCUAUGGCCAGAUGAUGUUAAUCGGAGGCAGCUCACAACAAGAGACAUUGACAAGUUUCAGUUAUGUCCUCUGUCCCUUUUCCUAGCUGUACUUCCAGAAAAUGUCCCUGUGGCCUGCCACCUCCCACAGCUCCCAUUAGCUUGGAACUGCAAACAAUGGCCACUGGGAGCUGAGGGGGGCCAUGCCUGCAGACGGUCAACAUCAGCAAAAUGUCUCGUGGCCCGCAAUCAGAUUACCCUGAUGGGCCGCAGGUUGUCCACCACUGGCCUAAUGUAAACUUACUGGCCAGAGAACUUAUUUCAGCAUGGGACCUCAAUGUUAUUCUCCUAAAACUUACAGAGUGCGCCCCUGCUUUUGAGCCUCUUUCCUACUGUGCUCCAUCCACCAUCUCUCAAAACAAUCUUUUUUGGUGGCCAUCACCUUAGCCAGCAGAGUGAGUGAGCUUCAGGCGCGCAUGGCUGAACCCCCAUACACAUUGUUUCAUGCAGUCAAUGUGGUACUGUGAUCUUAGGAAGAUUCGUACCCAAAAUGAUUUCUGAAUUCCAGUUAAGUCAAUCCUUUAACUUACCUGUGUUCUUCCCAAAACAACACUCAAGACAAGGGGAGAAGAAACUACACAGUCUGGAUGUAUCCAGAGCUCUUUGAAAUUAUAUUGACAGGAAUAAAAUUUUCAAAGUGUCCUCUAAUCAGUUUUGGUUACAGCUGGUUGUUUCAUCGGAAACUUUGUCAAACUGGAUAACACAAAGUGUCUUGACGUGUUACCAGUUGGCUGGUGUACCUCCCCCACCAAAUAUCAAGGCUCACUCCAUCAGAACUCAAACAACAUCUUCUGCCUGCUUCUGAAAUGUGCCAAUAUCAGAAAUCUGCAAGACAGCUACAGAGAGCAAUUGCCUUAUUUGUCAAGCAUUAUUCCAAAUUUGGGAGAGCAGUACUCCAAUUUUGAUUUGACUGACACAGCUGGUACUCCUCAUUCAUACCAUCUGGAGAAGAUACUGUUUGCCAGUCAUGUACAGUAAGAGCCACGCUGGCACAUACUCAUAGAAGAAAGAAUAGAUAUUUACCCUACAGAAACUGGUUUCUUGAGAUGAUGCCAUAAUCUGCCCUCCUUCCCUGCUUGUCAGAGUCCUCAGCAGCACAGACUUUGAGUUGCUAGGGAACUGAGGGAGGAUUGCACCCAGUCUGCCCUUUAUGCCCUCGUGCUUGAGCAUAAGGAGGCACAAGGGCAUCUGUAGCCCUAACAGUCACUGCUGUUCAGAAAACGUUCCGAGCUUGUGUGCAGGAGGGGCAUGUGCACUUACAAUAGGAUUCAUACUGACUGCAACAUUUCGAAGAAUCACAGUUACUGUAGGACAUGGAAAAAAGAGAACAAGAACUAGAGCAGGUGAGAAUGGAUUGUGAACACUUCAAAGCCCGUCUGGAAACAGCCCAAUCAGAUUGGAUGGGGGAGAAAAAGGAGAAAUUAGCCCUUCGACAGCAGCUGAAUGAGGCAAGACAGCAACUACUGCAACAGGCAGAAUAUUGUACAGAAAUGGGAGCUGCAGUCUGUACUUUGUUAUGGGGUGUCUCUAGCAAUGAGGAAGCAGUUAAAAACAUUCUAGGAGGGAGCAAAGCAGUAAAGUUUUUCACAAUUACGGGACAAACUAUGGAGAGCUUUGUGAGGUCAUUAGGUGAAGAUACCAAACACCAAGAUCUGGAUUCUGAUGAAAAUCAGUUUGUAUUAGCUUUGGCAGGCAUUGUGACAAAUGUUGCUGCAUUGGCAUGUGGCCGUGAAUUCCUGGUUAAUUCAAGUCAGGUGUUGUUGGACACAAUGAUGCAGCUUCUGGGAGACAUGAAGCCAGGACUCUGUACCAAACUGAAAGUGCUAAUUCUGAUGUCACUGUACAAUGUGAGCAUCAACUUGAAAGGCUUGAAGUACGUUAGUGAAAGUCCGGGUUUUAUUCCAUUACUUUGGUGGCUAUUGAACGACCCAGAUACGGAAGUGUGUCUGCAUGUUCUACGGCUUCUCCAGUCUGUGAUUCUAGAGCCAGAAGUUUUAGCAAAGUCAGCACCUGAGAUGCGUGACACCUUGCCAUUUCAACGUAUCAUAGCACUGUCAAAGAGCCGCAACGCAGAGCUACAAACACUGGCGCAAGAACUGCUUGAAGACCUCAAAAUCCUAGAGUGUGAAGUGUAGUGACAUAGUCAUUGGAGUAUUAUGACAUCAAUUGUUUACAUUUUCCCCAUAUUUUUAUGCUGCAAGGGUAUGCAAAAUAUUAUUGCAGAUUAAAAAUAUACAUAUUGAGUAAUUAGGAGAGAUGGACUUAGAUUGAAAUGAUUCAAUCCAUCUAGUUACCUGUAUCAGAAUCCCUGCCUGAAACCAGAUAACCCAAUCCAAAUAAUACUUGGAAAAAAAGCCUGUGUUGUUUGUUAGGUGCCUGAACAUAAUCCUAGAAGAGCUCCCAGAAGAAUGACAGGUUUAAUUUAUUUCAUAGGGUUUUGUUGGUAACGUGUUUCAAAAGUGAUCCAAACCAUCUGACCCGUUGGUGAUACAUUGGGAAUAAAAUAAUCAUCUGAACUAUAUCUUUAUUUUCAAGGAUAGCCCCAACCUUUCUGGUCCCGUUCAGCCCAUCUCUAAUAAUUAGUAUGCUAAAAGUAAACUUUGAUGCUUUUUAUAACUCUAGUGUUUCAGAAGACAUAAGAAAUUUCAUUUUUAUUACUGUUUCUUUUCUCUGUCCUUUCUAAUCAAAGACAAUUGGAGUUGUGUGGAGUGUAUUAGAUUCUGCUUUAGAAUUUUUCAUUCAAAUUCAGUGGAGGUGCUGGAGAACUGAGUUUGCAGCUGCCGUGAAUAAUAGCAACUGAGCUUCCCAUAGGCCCUGCAGAAGGGAAAAGAUUGCUGUGGUCUCAGUAUACCUAGUUCCAUAGCCAAAGAGGCUAAAAUUAAUUACUGCUCUGUCAUGAGCACUGGUGUAUUUAUUUGAAAUUCUCAUUAUUUAUUAGGGCUAAGCUUGCUUACCUCAAUUAAAAAAACCCCCAAACCAGCUAUAUUAUAUACUUUGUAAUGCUGUGAUUUAUGUCUGUAAUAACGCUGUCAUUUCCAGUUUUCUUGUGUUUGUAAUAUAGUUUGCAAUGUGACAAUGUUGGAGACAGUGACAGAGAAGAUAUACUUUUAUAGAAACAACAACUUCCUUUUACCCUCUGGUGUUAUGGUUCUUCACCAAUGAAUCCAGCACAUUAAGAAAAAUGAAGAUCCCAACAUGUUAACAAAAAUGCAACAUUGGUGUCUUGUCCAUUGUCUGUGCAGAAGACUCAGAACACAAUCUUCUGAAAUCAGUUUUAGCCAGUUUCGUUGUUGUGUCUUGCAUCUGCAUCAUGCUGCAGCAUUUUUUUGUUAUUCAGAUAGCACAAGACAAAAAACAAUGACAAGCUUAAAAGUUCCAUCCCUGUUCAGCAAAGCACUUAACAUAGGCUUAACUUUGAUUUGGGAUUUAAGCACAGGCUAAAAGUUAAGCACACAUUUAAGUGAUUUGCUAAAGUGGGGUCCCAGUGCCACUGAACUCAUUGAUGACACAAUGCCGCAUAAUUGGUUACAUGAAAUCAAGUGCAAGUCCAGUCAAAUACAUAAAAAGAAUCCUGUAGCAGCUACUUUUUAAUAUAUAUAUACAAAGUUGUUCUGCUUAGGGUGGAGUCCUUAGAAUAAAUGCAUUUUGUCCCUUAAUUAGCUAUUAUGGCUAAUGGGUCGUUUUACAGCUGAGGAACUAUAAAAUGCAUUAGAUAAAGACAUAGUUGCACGAGCUGCCAUGAAAAGGGGUUUUGCACAAUGCUACAAAUAUUCAAUGCUAGAAAAUUUAGUAGAAAUGGAUGUAAAGCUCCUCAUUGGAGAAAUUUGCCAAUAUACUAAAAAAUUCAAUUGAUCCUAAUUAGCACUGAAUGAAAAAAAUACAAUAUAUAAAUUUCCCAGAAUACAGGCCAUAAAUCAAAGGGUUAUCACAAAAUAUGAGACUGAUAUCACAAAUGAGGUUAGAUAGGGGUGGGUAAAAGAAAAAGAUGCCAGGAGGACUUAGUGGGAGUUAUACUAUUUCUGAUCCAAGAAUAUACAAUACUCACUAUGUGUAGAUGUUAGUCAGAGUAAAAUCUCAUAAGUAUUAAAAUACAUUUUCUUUGGAUUUGUUUUCUUACCUUGACCAAACCCCAUCCCAUGAUGAAAUCAAAAUGGUGAUAACCUGUAAUUUCCUGGACUAUCAACUCAAGAAGUGUUUCAUUUUAAAGUAUAAUAAAAGGCAAAAAACAAAGUCUAAUCAGAUACUGUACUUAUCAACUGAGGAGUGUUCUCCCAUUGUUUUUAAUCAAACCAUUGGAAGUCAGUAAGCAACAGAAAAAAAAAAGUAAGUGUGUGUGUGCGCAUAGGCACACACAGCACUUCCAUCCACAUUGGAGGCUUUGGUAAAAACCUUACACCUUUAUCUUAUCUUUAUCUUAUGGUACCUAGUGUUACUAAAGCUGGGAGCUCACCAUUUGAAGCACUGUGUCAGUUACACCUGCUCUGAAUUGAAUGUUUUUGUAGUGAAUAGUCUUCAUUUAGUGCCUUGAUUCAUCUCCAUGUGACCAGUACUGGAAAUUAAGCAGUUAAAUCUGAUAGUGGGCGUCAGUACAUCUCUCAGCUCCCUUUCUCCAAGAUUUAACUUGCUGGGGCUAUGGUCCCUCAUAGUCAGACGUAAUGCUAUGGAGCCACCAACUUUGAGGAAAUACCUGUUUAGUUUUAAAAGUUUAAUUAUGCAAUUUUUAAUAAAUAAGUAAAAGUAUAGCUGGCUCUGUAAAACUCACUGCAUCUUCUGAAACACUUGAAUUAUGAAAAACUCCAGAAACAGUGAUAAAACAGAUAACGUUUUAAGAUCGCUAUUACAUUUUUAAACAAGUUGUUUUUAUUGAAGCGUUCAACGUGUUUAUUACAGUUCUUAGUGAAAUUGUUCAUUACUUGGUUUUAUGCAAAAGAAAAGGUAUUUUGUUUGGGUUUUGUUGGUGCAAAGGAAAUGAUAGUUCAGUAUAUUGCUUUUUUCAGUUCACACAAAAAAGUUUCAAAGAGUCAAAAGGACUGAACUAUUUUGAAGUCAGAGGAACCUGUUUUAAAUUUUGUUUUUCAUGGAAGCCUUCACUCUGUAACUAUUGUGGUGGAAUAAAUAGUACCUUACGAGCUGUAGUACUUAUCAAUAGCUUUAUAUCUUGUUGCUGUCUUUUUCUUCAUGUAUCCCAGAUUCAGUAGGCCCAGGAGUCAACCUCCUUCUCCAGAUUGCUGAGACCUGGAAGCAAUCUGUUACUGGUUACAUUUAAUAGAACCUUUUGAAGUGGGAGUGAAGUCUGAUGACUUCCAAACACAGAUCAUCUGACACACCCUAGUUCUAGUUGUUUUUGGUUUUGAUGUCCAUUUCACUAGUAAUAAAAUAGGGCAAACAGUUUAUCUUAUCUAGUGUUACUAAAGAUGGGAGCUCAUCAUUUGAAGCAUUGUGUCAGCUACACCUGCACUGAAUUGAAUGUUUUUGUAGUGAAUAGUCUUUAUUUAGUGCGUUGAUUUAUCUACAUGUGACCAGUACUGGAAAUUAAGUAGUUAGAUUAUUGUGCCUCCCCCACCCCCCAAAAAAUUACACAUUUUAGGGAGUUUAUAAAUAAGGGAAAGAAGUUGGCUUUAUUGAAAUAAACGGAUGUUACUCAAAGGACUUUGAAGUGUGUGCCAUUUUUUUCUUAAUUUAAAAAGAGGAACAUAGAUGAUAAUAUAGUUCAUAUUAUAUAAUAGCAACAUCUUUUAGUGCUACUGUAAUUAAAGAUCUGUCAACUUAUGCAUUAUAAA